AUGAUUGAAAUAAAUAAAUUAAAAUCAUUUGAAGAAGAUAAACAAAAUAUCUUUCAAACUUUUUUAACAAGUGAAAAUGAUACCAACUUACUUUUCACCACAGCAAAAAAGUUUUUAGAAAAUAAGAAUCCAGAACCAACUUUAACAAUUAAAAUUUGUGAAAAAAUUCAUAAGAUCUAUGAAGAAAAAGAGAUUCAAAAUAAAAAAAUCAAUUCAAUUAUCCAAGAAGAAGAAAAUUGGAAAUUAAGUAUUUCAAAAGAAUUACAAAAUAAACAUCAUGAUUAUAAAGAAGAACUUGAAAAAAUUCAAAAGAAUAAAGAUUUUUAUGAUUUUUUACCAACAAGUAUUAAAUCGAAUGUAUUAGAAUAUCAAAGAAAAAUGUUAGAUGUUAGUAUGUUAAUGGUAAAGAGUGCAUACCACAUUUAUGAUGAUUCAAUGAUUAGAUUGAAAACACCAAAAGCUCAACAACAACAAGACAAAAUGGAUAUUGAUUCAAAUGAAAAUGAAGAUCAAGCAAUCGAUUCAAAACAAUUAGAGAAUGAUUAUUUAUUAUCAUUUAAUAAAGUUUUAAAUCAAGCAAUUAAAGAUAUCAUUCCAAGUUUUUCAAUUGAAAUUGCUAAAUUUUUAAAAGAAAAGAAUUUACCAACGAUUUGCACAAGAGUUUGUAAAGAAUUGGCAAUUAAGAUAUCAAAUGAAAGAAAAGUCGAGAGAGAAACACUAAAGAAGUCAGACUGUGGUGAUUUAGACCAAGUGAUGUAUCAAGUGAUUGAGACUUGUAUUGGUUCAAUCUUUGAUACCAUUUCAAAAUUGGAUCAAAAAGUCAAACUUUCACCACACUUAGUUACCGACAGAGAACUUUCAGAUUUAACCAUGUUAAAGAAUGGUGAAUUGUUAAAAGAAUUCAUUGAAUUCAUUUUACCAGACUAUUUACAAUCACCAGAGGGUAUCAUUAAAAUCGGUCAAUACUUAUUAUCAAUCAAUCAAUACAAUCAUGUUGUAUUGGUUGCUGAACGUGGUAGAAUCAGAUUGGAAAAAUUAAAGAAAGAACAAGUUGAAAAGGAACAAUUGCAACAAAAACUUGCAUUUUUAUCCAAAGAAAUUGAAUCCAUUGAAAAGGUAUCUGGUUACUCCGAUGAAAAGAGAGGCGAUUUAGUUCAAUUGGAAAAGGAAUUCUCUGUUUAUAAAAUGUAUCCAACUUAUUAUUCAAUGAACAAAAGAGAAUUUAGUAAACAUAAUCUCGAUAUUGCAACCCUUAGAAUUAAAUCGAUCUUGGAGAUGAAAGAUGCUUCCAAAGGUGUAUUGAAUAUUCAAUCACAUUUAGACGACACCUUAAAGACUUUAUUAGAUCCAAAUCAUAUCUACCAAUUGGCUGUCCUUUUACAAAAAACUGAAAUUGAUACUGCUUUAGUUUAUGGUGAACGUUGUCAAAGAUUCAUCACUGAUUUAGAGAUUCUUAGAGAGGUUAGAUUACCAUUAACUUUAAGAAUUAAAGAAUUGGAGGGCGAAGAAACUACACUUCGUUUAGAUGGUCGUACAAUCUCUGAAGAAAAGAAAACUGAAUUGGAACAAUUGUUAGAGAAUACUAAAUCACUUCCAGAAUUCCCAUUCUUUUCAGAGUUAACCAAUCGUAAUGAAUAUGAUCGUCUCAAUUUACAAGUUGCUCAAAUGAUGAUUACAUGUGUCUUGGAAAAGAAAUCCAAAUUAUCAACCUCAAAAGAUCAAUCACAAAAAGAUCGUCUCAAUCAACAAGUUUCAGCUUUAAUCAUAAUGUGUUUAGAGAAAUUUAAAGAUCCAAAAUAUUUAUUAGAGUUGGAGAAACAUUUAUUACUUUCAAGAGAGGAUAAAGUUGUAAUUCAAAUUGCUAAUCAAAUCUUUAAUCGUUGUGAUGAAAUUGAAAAUCAACGUAUUCAAAGAGUUUUACUCGAAAAGAAAGAAAAAGAAACAACCGAUGAUUUGGAAAAAUCAAAAAUCGGUGAACAAAUUAAAAAAUUACCAACUUUCCCUUACUAUGCUUCAUUAACAAUUGAAAAUCAAUAUGAUGAAACAAUUUAUGAUGCCGCUGAACAAUUGAUGAGCUUCCUCUUGGAUAAUAUUUCAUUCAUUGAUGAGAAAUUAAGAAAAUCUAAACUUUUCAAUAUUAAAAACAUUGAAGAUGAACAAUUAAUUAAAGAUAGAGAAGAAACCGAGAAAUUAGUUACUGAAUCAUUAUCAAAUUGUCUUAGAUUUGUUAGAUCACCAUCAUUGGUUUGUAAAUUUGCAAAUGCUUUAGGAGCAAAGAGAGAAUCAUUAUAUUUAGAGAUUUCAAAACAUAUUCAUCCAAUUAUCAUUGAAAAACAUAAACAAGCAAUGGAAAUUAAACAACAUCAAUUCCUUAUUGAAACUUUAAAUUUAGAAUUAUCUGAUCUCUCAAAGAUGAAGAAAGAAAUGCCGGAAUCCGAUAUCGAAUUACUUCAAUCAACAACUGAUCGUAUGAAAACCAUUCAAUUCCCAUACCUUGAUCAAUGGGUUAGAUCAAGUCAUUAUAAUUCACAAUUGAUUUCAAAUGGUAUACAAUUAUUAUUAAAGAAUAAACAAGAAUAUCAAUCACCAAAAACCACCACAAUUUCAAAGAAUGAAUUAGCAAAUCUCGUUAAAUUAAAUCAAGAGAAUUUCAUUGAACAAUUUAAAUUACUCUCUCAAUAUUUAGAAGAUCCAAAAACUUUUACCCAAAUUUUAACUCUUCUUAGAGUUAGUAAUGAUUUUGAAAAUGUUACAGAAGUUGGUAAAUUAGCAUUUGCAAAAUUAAAAUUAUUUAGAGAACAUCAAAAUAAAGUUAAAGAAUUGAAUGAAAAUAAGAAAUUAUUAGUAGAAGAACGUGACCAACUCAAUAAACAACGUCGUCGUCUUUCAACUGAGAAGCAUUUAUCUCUUAGAGAAAUUACAAUCACUGAACAUUUAAAUUCAUUAUUGGAGCCAUAUUAUAUUGCAAAUUUAGAUUCAUUGGCUUUAAUCAUUGGUAGUGUAUUAAUUGAAGCAAAUACUUGUGAAAGAAGUGAAUUUGAAAUUAAAGUGUCUUCAAAAGCAUUUGAAAAUCAAUUUAAAUAUAUCUCUGAACAAAGAAAACGUAUCAAUGAUAACAUUAGUCAAACAAUUAAAUUGGUAGUUGAAAAUAUUGAAUCAAUUGAAGAUUUACUUAAAUUUACAAAUGAUUUAUAUUCAAAGAAAGAAUAUUUAUUAGUAUUACAAGUUGGUACAAUCAUUGAAGCAUCAUUAGAACAAAAAAAGAAUGCCAUUGAACAUAAAGAGAAUUUAUUAAAAGAAAUUAAAGAACUUCAAGGUAAAUAUCUUCAUUCACAAAAUCCAAAAGAUCGUGAAAAGAUUCAAGCAUUUAUCGAUCAAAAUCAACAAGAAUACGAUUCAAUCACUCUUGAUCAUACCUAUGAAGUCAAUAAGGAAUUAACCAUUCAAAUCACUAAACUUAUGAUUGAAUCUGCUUCAAUCGAAGAUCAAGGUGAUAUUUUACGUGAACAACUCAUCCUCUCUUUCAAAAAUACAACUUCACCAUUGGAUUGGGAUCGUAUUCGUAACAUUUCAAAUGAAGAAGAAUGGGCUGAAACAAAGAAAGAAUUGGUCAUUUAUAUCAUGAAGAGAGAGGAAAAUAUUAAUAGUAAAAUUGAAUUACUACUUAAGGAUCUCUUAUUUGAAGAAGCAAUUCAAAUUUUCCCACAUCCAUCAUCUGAUAAUGAUCAAGAGUUGGAUAUUCAAUUGAAUCUUUUAGUUAGUCUUUAUGAUGCUGUAGAUCAACAUGCUUUCCAUUUAAUUAAUGGUGUAAUUCCAAUCAUUCAACGUUUCGCUAAAAGAUGUUAUAUCGAAUGGAAAUAUGAAAAAUUAGAUAUUCUCUAUGAUUCACUUCAAAAGAGAUUCCCAAAGGAAAUCAUUUCAAUCUUUACCAUUGCCAUUGAUAUGAUGUUGGUUAAUAUCUUACAAAGUCAAUAUCCAUUGUUUUUAAAUAUGAUGAAAUCAAUGAAAAAUCGUCUUGUUGCAACACUUGGUCUAGAUGGUCUUUGGGAAGAUUUCUUGGCUGGUUUUAGAAAGAAUUAUAAAUCAAAAAAGAGACUCAUUCAAAUGAUUUCUUUAAUUGGUGAUUCUGUUUGGCAAAUUAAUGUAAAUCCAAAUAGUGCCACUGGUAAACAAAUUGCAAAAAGAACUCUCCCACAAUCAUCACAAUCUGUUCAUAAAAAGAUUAAAGUUUCUGCUCCAACUCCUUCACUUACUGGUGUACCAAAAAAAUUAUCUGCUAAAAAAUCUGUUGACGAUGAUGAAGAAUUUGAUGAAAAUGAAAAUGAAAAUGGAUAUGAAGAUGAAAAUGAAAAUGAAAAUGGAUAUGAAAAUGAAAAUGAAGAACAAGAAGAAUUAGAAGCAACUGAUGAAGAAUAA